CGAAAGUUUGUUUCGACCAAAGCCAAGCCAAAGUUGAGCAAUUUUUGUUUCUUUCGAAUAUCAGACAAGAUGCGAACGUGCCGCGUGUUUCUUCUGUGUUUGGGCGUAUUUGUCCUUUUCCAGCUCGCCAGCGGCGACGGAAAGCUGAAGAUCGGUGUUAAAAAGCGUGUCGAUAAUUGCACCGUGCGCACAAAGAAGGGCGACAUGGUGCACAUGCACUACACGGGAACACUGGAGGAUGGAACCGAGUUCGAUAGUAGCGUUUCGCGGGGCGAUCCACUUACGUUCACGCUUGGCAUGGGCCAGGUGAUCAAAGGUUGGGAUCAAGGACUGCUGAACAUGUGUGAGGGUGAAAAGCGGAAGCUUGUCAUACCGCCGGAACUGGGCUACGGAGAGCGGGGAGCCGGCGAAAAGAUUCCACCAAACUCGGUGCUAAUCUUCGAGGUGGAGCUCGUGAAAAUCGAACGCAAAACCGAACUGUGAAUGUGGCCAGCGUUUUAACCACUUGUGUACGCGCCAACGGGGAAGCCAACAAUAAACAUUUCGAUUUCUUUC